CACGGACCAUUAUAUUGGACAACCACUGCAGGGGUGUCUUCAGGUUGUUCUUCCUUCCUCUCCCUCCCGUUUGGUCAGUUUCCCAUGUCAGCGAACACGAAUCGCGCUCGACAGAACCCAAGGAAAAGAGCACACGAUGACGCCUCUUAUAUUUCUACCAACCCCAAUCAGAUCCACAAAAAGCAGCAAAACCAAACGUCUGGUGUUGUGUCAAUGGAUAGCGAGCCGAGAGCAGCAAAAAGGAAGAGGAUGGUUACCUCUCAGACUGAUCUUAGCGGUCUACAGCAACGUGGGGGGUCUUCUUUGAUCGACUUCACCUCCUUCCCCUCCCCCUUCAUCCAUCACUAUCUCAACCACUUCGACCUCGUCCCUCUCAUCCGACCUAUCCCAACCUCAACAGAACAUCCACCACCACCAUACACGCUUUUAAACCCGCACCAAUACCAAUACCCAUACCAAUACCAAUAUCAGAACCCGUACCAACACAUUCAUCCUCCAUCAUCACGACUGUCAAGGUCAACAGCCUCGGCCCAGAUUCCGAUCCCAACGCGUACCCCCAUUCUUGCGGAUGUUGCUGAGCUUCAUGGUGUUUUAGCUACGUUGGUAGAGCGACAUUUCAUUAAUUCGAUGUAUACGGGUGGAGGUGGAGGUGGAGGUGGAGUGGGAGAUGACUCCUCUAAGGGGAUUAGUGGGAGGGAAGAGGUGGAUACGUUGGUUGCGUUUAUGUGUGCGGUGGAGAAUGGGCAGAGAGGGCCUGGGAUGCCGAGGUAGAGGUGAGAUUGGGGUUAGUUUUUAAAGACUAUGUGAACGCUGGAGGUAGGUUUUUGAUUUUGUGGCAACGGUUGGUUGGACUUGUAGCUUAUAGGUUUUGUUACUUUUCAUCAGGCUUUUGUGUUUCUACUUGCA